AUGGAAGACUACAGCAUCUUGAGGAAGCAAGAGCGCCAGUUACGAGCCUCCAUGAAGGGUGUCGCUUAUUUCGUGCGGGAUUAUAAGCAAGAGCUUCAUGAAUCCCAGAUUGAAGUCAGAUUGUGUCUGUUAGAGUCGACCAUGAAAAAGUACUACCUGGUAAGGCAGAAAUUGGAGGUGCUUUUGGAUGCUGCCGACAGUGACGAGGAGAAAGAAGAUACCAAGGAAUCAGAGGCAGCAAAGAAACGCAGGCUUCAGAGGCAGGCUGAAGAACGUGAAGCAAAAUUCGACGAAGAAACGCUGGAAAUGGAAGGGCAGUACUGCGCAUUGAAAGGAGCACUCUUGGCUCUACGUCCGAAGAAGAAUGAGUCGUUGAGUUCUUCUGGAUCAGGGGAAGGAGCUGAAACCAUGUCACGCGUUAAGCUGCCUGACAUCAAGCUGCCAGGUUUCGACGGGAAGCUUCGUGAUUGGAUUCCGUUUCGAGACACGUUCUUCAGCUUGAUUCACAACAACGAACGUCUCUCUGAUAUCGAUAAAUUUACGUAUCUACGAUCAGCAAUAAGUGGCGAAGCGCUUCAGGAGAUAAGUUCUAUCGAGUUGUCUUCUGAUAAUUACCAGGUAGCGUGCAACAUGCUUGAGAAAAGGUACGAAAACAAGAAGUUAAUUGUGAAGGCGUAUUUGGACGCACUUUUCGGGAUCGAACCUUUGAAGAAAGAAAGCGGCGAAGCUUUAAAUCACCUGGUCAGUGAUUUCGAUCGGAAUAUCCAAAUGCUGGGCAAGAUAGGAGAGGACACCGAUAAGUGGUCGACGCUGUUGGCAUACAUGUUGUGCACUCGUCUGGAUUCAGUCACACUUCGUCAGUGGGAGAGUCACCAUAAUUCAAAGGAUGUUCCGACGUACCAGAAGGUGAUGGACUUUCUGAGGGAUCAGGCAUUGGUUCUGCAAUCGAUAGCACCGAGUAGGUCAGAAGACAUCGAAAGUCGUCGCUAUCGUACAACCGUUCACACCACAUCGAGAAUCCAGAACAACUGUGUGUUCUGUGGUAAUUCGUUUCACCCAGCAUCUGCGUGCGGCAAGUUCAGAGCGAUGUCAGUGCCCCAGCGCUUUGGAGUGGUCAAGAUGAAGCGGCUCUGCAUCAAUUGUUUGGGUUCUGGUCACUUUGCGGAUCGUUGUAGCAAGGGACCAUGUCAAAUUUCUUCAUUCUCGGAAGAUAUGAGUUUUCAUGUGUUGCCUAAGAUCACGAGUGAUCUGCCCACCACCAAAGUAUCGCUCAAUGGGAUCAAGAUGCCUCAUGAUUUGGUAUUGGCGGACCCUGAGUUUUGGAGCCCAGGUCCGAUUGAUAUGAUUAUUGGGGCAGAAUACUUCUGCAAUUUGUUGCGUUCAGGCAAGUGUAAAGUUUCGGACGAUGGUCCAACCCUGCAAGAAACUGAGUUUGGAUGGGUUGUUUCCGGGAGAGUUCCGGAUAUUUCCUUUGAAACCUUUACGUAG